UGGGGAGUUAUAAAUAUAAGAAUAAACGCGUCGUUUGUUCACUUAUUCUACAACCACAACAUCUAUUUUAAGUAAAAAUGCUAUUUUUCGACUGUUUUCCGUGUARCGUGAACGCAGCAUUUCGUGGAUUCCCCAUGAUGCAGCGCGGUGGUCUGAUCAAGUCCAGGGCGCGCGUGCAUUCAAAAAUAUGGCAGAACCUUUUUCUGCUUUAGUACAGUCGAACUCGRAGGAGGCUGAAAAUGUGUCUGUGGCGCGGAGGCACCUGUCGUUUUCGUCGGAAAAGAAUGCUAGCUUAGCGGAAGAGCCGAAUGACACACGGUCGGUCCCGAGUUCACAAAGUGUUUGCCGACUCUCUGCGGAAAAAGCCGAACGACUCCCAUCGGAAGACACCAACGAAUGUAUAGAGGAGCAAAAUGCUGCUAAAUGUAAGGAUGUUUCUCUUCAACAGAACAAAGAGAACUAUAAUGAAGAUAAGGAAAAUGCUGCUAUAAACGCUACGGAUAUCACUCAAGGUAACACACAAGAGGACGCUUCGGGUCACGGUUCCUGUCUGACAGCCAACAAACAGCACAGCAGCACGGAGGACAGAAACGUCGAGGUGGUGAGACGAGCGCGGGAAGAGGGCCGCGUGGACGUGGUCUUCCCCGGCGCCGUCACCCAGAACAGCUGCUACCACUUCGUCAGCGAGAUCCUCAAGUGCGUUCUGUACCAGAGACAACAGCUGCCCAUGACGUACGACCAGCUGGUGUACUCCCAGAAGAAGCAGCAAACUUUGGUCCAGGAUAAAGACACGGUGAGUCGGAGGCCAAAGCAGCCUGCAGAUAUGGACCAACGGAAAUGUCACCAGACUCUUCAGGAGCUGGAGGAAGUGCUGCAGCAGCUGGAGGUGCUGUUCUCCCUCAGCAGGGUCCCCCGUGUUCUGCUGCUAAUGGGCGGCUCGGUGGUCCUCCCCAAGGAGCUGUACGAGGUCAACAUGGAGGCGCUGGYGCUGGCCGCUGGCGACCGGUCUCUGCCGGUGUCCUCGUGCCUGAGGCAACUCUUCCGCACRCUUUUCGUCGCCGACAUCUUGUCCGACGCCAGACCCGUUCGCUUGAUGCCCACCACCGUGUUGGCGCUGGCACACAGGGACUGCGGCGUCAGCUGGUUCCGCCCCAAACUGCAGUUUAAAGUCCCGACUCGGGUGAAAAACCAAAUUAUCGCUCUGUCUACUGACCCCGGCACCUGUGAGGAGUCAGGAGCAGAGGGCUCAGACUGGCAGGAUUAUGUGUGGUUUCAGGCACCCAUGGCUAUUAAAGGCUUCAGCAAAUGACCUGAAAGCUUUAGCUCUGUCCAAUCGUGCAUUUUAAUACAUUUUCAACCAAAUUAGAAUAAGUGUACAUAUUUUAAUAAACAGUUUUUUUUUUCUUCA